AUGGCAACAUUAUGUUCAUAUCAUGUUCUCACAGUUCUGAUGAUCACCACUCUACUAUGCAUCUUAUACAUCCAGCCAAUCUCAGCUUCACCACAAGCCUACACAAACUUCAUCAAAACUUCUUGCUCCAAAACCACAUACCCACCACUCUGCACCCAAACUCUCUCUCCCUUCGCCACUUCUGUCCAAACCAACCCCAUAAAACUCUGCAACAGAGCCCUCAACAUCUCCAUCCAAGCUGCACACAACACCUCCACCUUUGUCUCAAAUCUCUCAAAACAAAAAGGACUCUCAUGGAUUGAAAAGGCCGCCAUUAAAGACUGCAUGGAUGACCUGAAAGACUGUGUCUACCAGCUCAAGCAAACUAUGAGCGCAAUGGGUAAGCUUGGGGGUUCUGACAGGGAAUUUCAGUGGGCGAAUGCGAAGACAUGGGCCAGUGCUGCUAUAACGGAUACGGACUCGUGCCUGGAUGGGUUUGAAGGGAGAAAAGUGAGUCCCCAGAUGAAGAACAAGAUCAAAAGUACAAUGAUGGGUGUGGCUAGACUGACUAGUAAUGCCCUGGCUCUCAUCAACCAUCUCAAUUAUUAGACUCGGUUCAAGUGAAAUACUGUCACUACUGAGUCUGAUAACUUCUUCACAUUUACAAGAAGUUCUUUUAUAGAGGGUUUGGAAGGGAGAGAUCAUGUUUUGUGGAAUAGUGUGUCAUGUGUCUAUCCUUUUGCUGCAUUCACCGGAAGUGAGGUUCUUGCAAUAGUGAUACCACAGUUAAAGGGCAGAUAAGGAUAAAAGACCGAAAAAUAAUUUUCUG